AUGGCCGACCACUUCCCGACCAUCACGCAAUGCGCCAUCGUCGCGGCCGCGUUCAAGGUGCUGCUCUUCCCAGCAUACAAAUCGACCGACUUUGAGGUCCAUCGCAAUUGGCUAGCCAUCACAGAGAGCCUGCCCAUCUCGCAGUGGUACCUCGAGAAGACGUCAGAAUGGACCCUCGACUACCCCCCCUUCUUCGCCUACUUCGAAUGGGCCCUGUCGCAGGUCGCCAAGCUCGUCGAUCCGUCCAUGACCAAGCUGUACAACCUCGAGUAUGACAGCUGGCAGACAAUAUACUUUCAGAGGUGGAGCGUCAUCAUUUCGGAGAUUGUCCUCGUCUUUGCGCUGCACAUGUUCAUCGACUCGGCGAGCCCCUCGAACCGGCGCGCUACCCAGACUGCUGCCCUCUCGAUUCUUCUGUCGCCCGGCCUGCUCAUCAUUGACCACAUUCACUUCCAAUACAAUGGCUGCAUGUACGGCAUCCUCAUCAUCUCGCUCGUCCUGGCCCGCAGCAAGUCGACCCUGCUCUCCAGUGGCCUCGUCUUUGCUGCGCUGCUGUGCAUGAAGCACAUUUACCUGUAUCUGGCGCCUGCCUAUUUCGUCUUUUUGCUGCGCGCCUACUGCUUGUCGCCUAGAUCCAUCUACAACAUCAGCUUCUUCCACUGCGUCAAGCUUGGUGUUGGCAUUGCCGCCAUUUUCGGCGCCGCCUUCGGUCCCUUUGUCUACUUGCAGCAGAUUCCCCAGCUGCUGAGCCGCCUGUUUCCUUUCUCGCGAGGGCUGUGCCAUGCCUACUGGGCCCCCAACAUCUGGGCGCUCUACUCGUUCGCCGACAGGCUUCUCAUCAUUGUCGCCCCUCGGCUGAAGCUUCCCGUCAACCUCGACGCCGUCAACAGUGUCACGCGAGGCCUCGUGGGCGAUACCGCCUUCGCCGUGCUGCCCGAGAUCAGCCCCAAGAUCUGCUUCGGCCUGACCCUCUUCUUCCAGGUGCUCCCGCUCAUCAGACUCUUCGGCGCGCCGACGUGGGAGAACUUUGUGGGCGCCGUGACGCUCUGCGGAUAUGCGUCCUUCCUCUUCGGCUGGCACGUCCACGAGAAGGCCGUCCUGCUCAUCAUCAUCCCUUUCAGCCUCAUUGCGCUGCAGGACCGUCGAUACCUCGGCGCAUUCCGCCCGCUUGCCGUCGCCGGCCAUGUGUCUCUGUUCCCGUUGCUGUUCACGCCAGCCGAGUUUCCGAUCAAGACGGUGUACACCAUUUUUUGGUUGAUCCUCUUCCUCAUGGUGUUUGACCGACUGGCGCCGGCCUCGCGAAAGGCGAGGUUCUUCCUGCUCGAUCGCUUCAGCACGCUGUACAUUGCCGUCAGCAUCCCGCUGAUUGUGUACUGCUCCCUUGUGCACCAAGUCGUGUUGGGCAAGAGCUACGAGUUCCUCCCCCUGAUGUUCACCAGUUCCUACUGCGCGAUAGGAGUCGUCGGGAGCUGGGUGGGCUUCAUGGUCGUGUACUUUGCAUCCUGA